UUUAAGAACACCAAACAAAUCACACAAUUCACCAGACACGAAUUGUUAAUUUGAAAUACAUUAGGAUAAAUGGACAUUUGAACUGUCUUAUUAAGAGCGACAAUUAUUAAAGAACUUUUACUCGUCUUUCAUUAUAAAUGAAUUUAGAAAAUUAAAUAUAAAAAAGAACAUUUGAAGUGAAAUAAGAAUUAUUGCGCAACAGUUAAAAACAGGAAGAAAAUUAAAAAUCGAAGAAUAACGAACUUCGGUCAUGCCUCGAGCGUUCCUCAUACGAAAGCCUAUACCAGUAAAGCCAGGAGAGAUUGGGAGGACCCCACCGGACUUUGCGGCUGCCAAACGACUUGACUUCAGCCACAAUGCAAGGGAAAGAAUGAGCCCGAUAGCUGUUGCAGAAGAGAGUUCGGUAUGCAUUACUCCACCAAAAAGUGAUGAUGGAAGGAUUGAAACACAAGAAACGUCUCCAACUGAAAGCGCAGACAUAAAGAAUAGUCCUUCGAAACCCCAGGCGGAAUUUGCAGAUAUUUACAAGAACAUUCAAAAACCAAAUAUCCAAACGACAAUCGAGGAGGAAAAACUACGUCAUCACUAUGAAGCUUUCAAACUUGGACUCACACCUCCCCCGGCCCACUUGCACUACCCAGAUGCGAAGGUGAAAUCUAAUUUCGGUAGCAUACAUUCUCACAUUCACCGCUUGCCCCAUUAUGUUCCGGGCGUUCUCCCAUACCCACCUCUGGCCACUUUACGCAGUCACAUGUCACAUUAUCCUACGUCAUAUACCCAUCCGCCCCCUUUCUUUCCUGCAUUCCCAACGUAUCCAUCAAAUCAACAACAAAGAUAUCUUCCAACUCUCCACCCAGCCCAUAUGUUACCAAUUCUACCUCCUCUCCAGACGACACCGUUUAGACCCCCUGAUCUGGCAUUAAAAACACCUCCUACGUCACCAGAAACGUCACCAGUGUCCAAAGCACCACCACAGCUACCUGAUCAUCCACCUAGUCAAGUUUCAAAGGAUACGUCACCCUCAACGAAGCCUCGAACUCCAAUCAGUGGUGUAGAACUAGUCAAUGGCGGUUAUGGGAUCAAAAACCCUCUCUUGGUAAAUGGGCGUUCUCAGAGAGACUACUUAGCAGCACAAGAAUUAGGGGUACAAACAUCUGAUAACAAGUUCAUCUGCCGAGUCUGCAGUAAAGUCUUCCCGUUGCAAAGGCUGUUGAACCGCCAUAUCAAGUGCCACAGCGACAUCAAACGCUAUCUAUGCACCUUCUGCGGCAAGGGAUUCAACGAUACUUUCGAUCUGAAACGACACACUCGAACUCAUACAGGUGUGCGACCAUACAAAUGCGUGGAAUGUGACAAAGCCUUCACCCAGCGAUGCUCACUCGAAUCACAUUGUCGUAAAGUUCACGGCAUCAGUUUUACAUUCAAAUAUAAAGAACGCAGGGACAAAAUGUACGUAUGUGAGGACUGUGGACACGUGACAAGUCAACCGGAACUUCACUUUCUCCACUUGAAAAAUAAGCACCCUCAUAGCCCAGCUCUGUUAAAGUGCUAUGAUAAACGCCAGUUUAAGUUCAACAGUGACCUUGUUCCAGUUCUCUUAAAUGACCUAAAAUCAUGAGUAAACGUCACUCUACACCAUGCUCUGCGUGAAUCAAAUUGCGAUCCCCUUCUGAGUUGGAAUGAAAGUUGUACGUUAAGAGACUUCAUAAACUGUGCCAGGGGCGAAUCUGGAAAUCAAAAGGAGGGGGUCAAAAAUUGCAUCAAUGACCAUGGGAAUCGUCAAUAGAUGGCAUAAAUCUCAACGGUUAUUUUACAUGAUACAUUAAUAACAUUGGAAAAUAUCAAAAGAGAGACUAGCCUACAUUAUUAAUGACAUUAAAAACGCUUGAAGAUAUUGAACAAGCGAAUAUAUAUAUGUAAAGACAGAACACAGAGAAAGAGGAGACAUUAUAGAGUUUGAGUAAUGUGGUCUUUGAUUAAUGUAGUGUUUACGAGUUUUCAUUAUUGAAGCAAUAGUUGUACAAAAAACAAUGAAACAAGAAGUUGAGAGAACCUGCUAUUGCCAAAGACGGAACAGAGAUUAACUUAAAGAGAGUGGUAUCGUGGUAUGGCUUCACAAUUGACAUGUGGCCAUAUUAUCUACGAACUGAAAUUGCAUGUACAUAUUGUUAAAUUAUUGUAAAAAGACUGUAAAUAUAUAUUUAUUUUUUAAUUUCUAUGGAAUAA